CAACGCCGGCCGCUAAUGCCGAGGGUCGGUCUGCGCCGCAGCAGCCCGGCGCAGGGGAGGGAUCCCAGCCCCACGCCGGCGCGGGCCCGCGGCCGCAGCGCGCAGGAGCGGAAGCUGCGCCGCCCUUCCCCCACCGUCUUCCGGCCGCCGCUCGGGCUCUCCCGCCUCGGACCGCGGCGGCUCGUGGACGUCCCGCCAUGGCCCUGUCGCGGGGGGCUUCCCCGGGAGCUGGCCGAGGCGGUGUCGGGCGGCCGGGUGCUGGUGGUGGGCGCGGGCGGCAUCGGCUGUGAGCUGCUCAAGAACCUGGUGCUCACCGGCUUCUCCCACAUCGACCUGGGUCUCGUUGCUCUGGAAUGCUCCAAAUUCACUAGAGGAUGGCUGGUCGUGAGUCCCAAGAAUCCCCCUAUUCCCUGCCUCCCUGGCUGGGGGGUUUCGAAAACUCGAGACUGCUCAGCUUGUUUUAAUAUUGAUCUGGACACCAUCGAUGUCAGCAACCUCAACAGGCAGUUCUUGUUUCAAAAGAAGCAUGUUGGAAGAUCGAAGGCUCAGGUUGCCAAAGAAAGUGUUCUCCAGUUCCACCCCCAGGCUCACAUCGAGGCUCACCACGACAGCAUCAUGAACCCAGACUAUAAUGUGGAAUUUUUUCGACAGUUUAUAUUGGUUAUGAACGCGUUAGAUAACAGAGCUGCCCGGAACCAUGUCAACAGAAUGUGCCUGGCAGCUGACGUGCCGCUCAUUGAAAGUGGGACUGCUGGGUAUCUUGGGCAAGUGACCACCAUCAAGAAGGGUGUGACUGAGUGUUACGAAUGUCAUCCUAAGCCAACGCAGAGGACAUUCCCUGGCUGCACGAUCCGGAACACACCUUCUGAACCGAUUCACUGCAUCGUCUGGGCAAAGUACUUGUUCAACCAGCUGUUUGGAGAGGAGGAUGCAGAUCAAGAAGUGUCCCCUGACAGGGCCGACCCGGAAGCUGCUUGGGAGCCAACAGAAGCUGAGGCCAGAGCCCGAGCGUCUAAUGAAGACGGAGACAUUAAGCGUAUUUCCACUAAGGAGUGGGCUAAGUCAACUGGAUAUGACCCAGUUAAACUUUUCACCAAGCUUUUUAAGGAUGACAUUAGGUAUCUGCUGACAAUGGACAAACUCUGGCGCAAGAGGAAACCCCCAGUUCCGCUGGACUGGGCUGAAGUGCAGAGUCAAGGAGAAGAAGCCAAUGCAUCUGAUCAACAAAACGAGCCCCAGUUGGGUUUGAAGGACCAGCAGGUUCUGGAUGUAAAGAGCUACGCAAGUCUGUUCUCCAAGAGCAUUGAGACCCUGAGGGUCCAUUUAGCGGAAAAGGGGGAUGGGGCUGAGCUCAUCUGGGAUAAGGAUGACCCGCCAGCGAUGGACUUUGUCACUUCUGCGGCAAACCUUAGGAUGCACAUUUUCAGCAUGAACAUGAAGAGCAGAUUUGACAUAAAGUCAAUGGCAGGGAAUAUCAUUCCUGCUAUCGCUACCACUAAUGCCGUGAUUGCCGGCUUGAUUGUGUUGGAAGGAUUGAAGAUUUUAUCUGGAAAAAUAGACCAGUGUAAAACCAUUUUUCUGAAUAAACAGCCAAACCCAAGAAAGAAGCUCUUAGUGCCCUGCACGCUGGAUCCUCCCAACAGCAACUGUUACGUUUGUGCUAGCAAGCCAGAGGUGACCGUGCGGCUGAAUGUCCACAAAGUGACUGUCCUCACCUUACAGGAUAAGAUAGUGAAGGAGAAGUUUGCUAUGGUGGCACCCGAUGUCCAAAUAGAAGAUGGGAAGGGAACGAUCCUGAUCUCUUCAGAAGAGGGGGAGACGGAAGCUAAUAACCCCAAGAAGUUGUCUGAUUUUGGAAUUAGAAAUGGCAGCCGGCUUCAAGCAGAUGACUUCCUUCAAGACUACACUUUACUGAUCAACAUUCUUCAUAGCGAAGAUCUAGGAAAGGAUGUUGAGUUUGAGGUUGUUGGUGAUGCCCCAGAAAAAGUGGGGCCCAAACAAGCUGAAGAUGCUGCCAAAAGCGUCACCAACGGCAGUGACGAUGGCGCCCAGCCGUCAACCUCCACAGCUCAAGAGCAAGACGACGUGCUCAUAGUUGACUCCGACGAGGAAGGCCCUUCCGAUAGCGCCGACAGCAGCCAGGACGCCAGAGCCCCCAAGCGCAAACUGGAAGACACUGAGGGAGCCGGUGCCAAGAGGUCUCGCUUGGAGCAAGCAGAAGAUCUUGACGACGUCAUAGCGUUAGACUGAGCGGCCGCCUGGACCCUGCCCUGGUCGGAACCAAAGGUUUUGUCCUUUCUUGCGGAGGGAAAGCACGGGCUGCCGUGGCUUGGUUCCGCCCCUGUGUGAAGCAUUCAUUUGCUGAGACUUAGAGACUGCCUUGCUGUAUUGAAGUAGGAGUGUAGUGUUCGGGACCCUUUGAGCAAAGCCGGGCGGACCAGUGACAGCCGAGAGCCAUGCAUGUUGCCUUCCCUGUAAAUAGCCUUAGCUGUCAUUUCCUAGUGGAAAUACUGUGGGGUAGGAACGCUGAGACCUGGUUAUAAAUAUUAUGCCUUUAUUUUUGGCUAGAGAAGAGUUAUUUUUAGCCUAGAUCUAACCAUUUUCAUACUCUUACCUGACAGAUCACAUAAGUGUCAAGUCUAUGCAUUGAAACUUGUUUUUUAAAAGUUACCUGGCACUGUGUAUAUUAAUGUAAAACAAUGUUUAUUUACUCAAAUUUUCAGUUUGUACUGCCUGGUAUGUCUGUGUAAGAAGCCAAUUUUUGUGUAUUUGUUACAGUUUCAGGUUAUUUAUAUUUGAUGUUUUGUAAACUCAAGCAACAAAUACACUGUACUUAUGGACCAAAUAAAUGGCGUCUGCAUACUUGUUA